AUGAGAGAAGAAGAUGAAAGGAUAGAAGGGGAUGAAAAAUGCGUUCAAGAUAUGGAGUUUGUUGCUAAAGAUGCGAUCGUUCAAGGAAAGGAUGUGGGUGUUUUGGCCAAGAAGGAAAGGGCGAAGAAGCGAGCCUGUGAACCGGAGAAAAGGGCGGUAAAGGCCAAUCAACGAGAAGAGUCGGUUGAAGCUACUCUUGCUUUGACCGCCACCACGGUGGCGUUGGAGAUGGAAGGUUUGAAGAAAAGUCUUGAGGAGGCUAAGGUGGGUGAAGAAGAAGCAAAGCUGAGACAAGAAAAUGAUUUUAGCAUUCAACUUAUUCAUCGUAAUUCGCCAGAAUCCCCAUUUUAUAACAGUUCUGCCACUUCAUCAGAACUCAUUGAAGAUGCUAUUUUGCGUUCUCUUGAUAGAGCCAACUUCUUCCAUUCGUUUGUGCAUAUCAAAGAGAAAACAAUUGUGCCAACUGUACUUCGAAAUGGUGGUGACUAUCUUAUGAGAAUUUAUGUUGGCUCUGAACAAGUUGAAGUCCUUGCUAUUGCAGACACAGGCAGUGAUCUUAUAUGGAUAAGAUGUCAACCCCUUGAUAAGAUGGCGUUGUUUAUUCCACACAAAUCCACUACUUAUAAACCCAUUUCUCAUGAUGCAUCACUCUGUAGGUACGUGCCCAAAUGGAUGAACUCGCCCCAUUGCUUGUACAAUUAUACUUACCUGGAUGGUUCAUUUUCAUUAGGAGUGUUGAGCAAUGAAACUUUCUACUUAAAUGAUACUACUACCAAUGGUAGAGCUAAUUCUUUUCCUCGAUUAGUGUUUGGAUGUGGUCACAAAAAUCACUUGCCUUUUAAGAGUACAAAUGCUCAAGGUAUCGUUGGCCUUGGUGGUGGGUUAUUGUCAUUAGUUUCUCAAUUAAAAUCUCAAAAUAUUGAAGAAAGAUUCUCCUACUGCUUGCUUGCCUGGCAAAAACUAGUUAGUAAUAAGAUUAAAUUUGGAGCGGGAGCAAAGAUCACUGGGCCGGGAAUUGUUUCAUCUAAACUUGUAAGCAAAGAUCCUUCUACCUUCUACUUUCUCAGUCUUAAAAGUAUUAGCAUUGGAAAUAAUGAAACAAGAAUGAGUCAAAUCCCAGGUAAUAUCUUCAUAGAUUCUGGAACACCUCUUACUAUGUUGCAUUCAAGCCUUUACAAUGAUUUAGAAGUCAUCGUCAAAGAAGUUAUUGGCGUAGACCCAAUAUCAAAUCCACCCCGAAAAUUAAAAUUGUGCUAUGAACCACGUUCCAUUAAAGAUGUUUCUUUUCCAGAAAUGAUUUUUCAUUUUGAUGGUGCAGACCUUCGGUUAUUACCUAUAAACACAUUUAUGGAAUAUAAAGGUUUACAAUGUAUGCUGAUAAUCCCAGAUGAUAACAUUUCGAUUUUCGGAAGUAUGGCACAAGUGAAUUUCCAAAUAGAGUUUGAUCUCAAGAAAAAGGAAGUUUUAUUUGCUCCAGCGGAUUGCACCAUGUUUGGGCUGAGAGACUAG